AUGGGUGAGGCAGCAGAAAGCCGCCUAAAAGAGUCUAGUCAUCUCAGAAUUGACGUGUUAAAUCCCCGUCAACGUUCAGAGUUGAAGUUGAAAAUGAAUCGUAAGUCCACUCACAAGCCUGUGUGUGUAUGUGUAUGUGUGUGUGUGCAGCCGGUGGGCCGGGCAAAAUUUCCCCAAGAAAGCCGACUUUCAGGACUUCAUGCUGCUACUAACCGAGCCCGGUUUGGUCAAAUGGCUCGCCUCAGUUGGACUCUAACUCAGGGCAUGUUCUAG